AUGACUUAUUAUAUUAAACAAAAAUUGGUGGAGUGGAGUAACAACGCAAAGAUUAAUCAUUACUUGCCAACACCUCCUGGAUCGCCUGGUCAUAGUCCUACGGGUUCAAUGUCUUCAAUGCCUUACAAUAAUGGUUUAUCAACAAAGCAACAUCAACAUCGUUCAGAACUUGGUCAAGAAACGCCAAGGUCCGGUUCUCCAAGUUUUGAUCCAAAUAGUGCUUUUGAUAAUGUUACCCAAACUCCUGUUACCGGUCGUCUCUCUGUUACUAUAGUUGAAGGUAGAAAGUUAAAUGUUAGUAACUUUCAAGCUCGUCCUUAUUGUGUGGUAGAAUUCGAACGAAAUGAAUUUGUUACAAGAGAAGCUAUUCGUGAUUGUGAACUUCCUUCUUCUCGUAAUGGUAAGAUCGAGUUUCUCGAUCUUGUUCGUGCUGCUACAAGUCCUGUUUGGAAACAAAAAGCCGUUUUUGACGUUGCACGUUUAGACGGUCAAGUUCAUGUGUUGGUAUAUGAACGUGUUCCCGAUCAUACUAGACCUGAAGUCUUCUUGGGUAUGUUGAAAAUUCAACCUCCCAGAAGUUCUAAUGACGUUGUUGAUGGCUGGUUCAAACUGUUACCACGCGGAAAAGAAAUGGUAACUGGUGAAUUACACAUCCAAAUUGCCUACGAAAAAGUUGAAAUAGAGAAAUCUCAUUUGAAACCUUCUUCAUUCGAAGUUCUUAAAUUGAUUGGUAAAGGAAACUUUGGAAAAGUUUUUCAAGUUCGUAAAAAGGAUACAAAUCGUAUAUAUGCCAUGAAAGUUCUUCAUAAACAAGAUUUAAUAGAACGUCGUGAAGUUGAACAUACUCUGGCUGAAAAAAAUAUUUUAAUUCAAGCUGAAGCCUGCCCUUUCUUAGUUGGACUUAAAUUCUCUUUUCAAACAAAAACUCACCUUUAUUUGGUUACCGACUUUAUGAAUGGUGCCCUUUGUGAUUUUGGUUUAUGUAAAGAAAAUCUGGCUGCCGGACAAACUACCAAUACUUUCUGUGGUACUUCUGAAUAUCUUGCUCCUGAAGUCUUGGCCGAAUGUGGUUACGGUAAAUCCGUAGACUGGUGGAGUUUAGGAAUAUUAUUUUAUGAAAUGAUUGCUGGCUUCAGUCCAUUUUAUACAAACGAUACUCAAUUAAUGUAUCGUAAAAUCUUGUUCGGAAAAUUAAAGUUCCCUAAGGGUUUCUUUAGUGAAGAUGCAAAAAGUUUGAUAAAAGGGCUUUUGGCUCGCAAUCCUAAUAAUAGACUUGGCUCACACAACGAUGCUGAAGAAAUUAAAAAUCAUCCUUUCUUCGCUAAUAUUGAUUGGGAUGCUUUGUAUCGUAAACAAGUAUCUCCUCCAUUCAAACCGAAUGUUUCUUCAGAAGAUGAUACUUCAUGCUUUGAUCCUUCAUUUACUGAAGAAGAAACUAGUAUUGAUUGGCCUUCUGUAUCAAAAAAUUUGAGUCGCAAUGGAACUAACGCGUCAAUAAAUAGUGAAAUGAAUGAAGCAUUCGGUGGUUUCACCUAUUCUGGUGAAAAUCAAUAUGGCUUGACUUCAUAUCCUGGUUGCUCUCCCCUUGGUCUUGAUUAUGAUCUCGACAUUGGUGGUAGUCCUAGCUCAAGUUCUUCCUCAAGUUCUGGCAGCUGGAGGAAUUUGGAUGAUGCAUUGGGAUAUUAA